UAUGGGUUAUCUACUGUCAUCUCAGCAAGGAAUAUUAUAAUAAAAAUGAAUCAAGGAGUAUCUAAUUCAUUUCCACAAGAAAACUGUGACCAGAAAGGAUUUCAGCAAAUUGAUCUUGCAGGAAAACUAAUUAUCAAGGUUCAGUUGGGUGAUGAUGUGCGAAGGAUUCCCAUUCAUAAUGAUGCAAUCACUUAUGAUGAGUUGGUUCUUAUGAUGCAACGUGUUUUUCGUGGAAAGCUCUCCAGUACUGACGACAUUACUAUCAAAUAUAAAGAUGAAGAUGGCGAUUUAAUCACAAUAUUUGACAGUUCGGACUUGGCGUUUGCUAUUCAGUACAGUAGAAUUCUCAAGUUGACUCUGUUUGUUGGUAACUGUGAUAAUCAAGCAAGACUAUAUCAACCUAGACAAAUAGGUCAAAUCAGAACUGAGCUUCGUCGGAUACGUGAUCAAGUGCAGUAUCUGCUCGAUAUUACAGAACCGCCUUCCAAUCCAAACGUUACUAACAUAUCAACUGACAGUGACAGAACUACCUCGGCUGGUGAAGGAAGAGAAUUUGAUCCUCUGCAGGGUAGUAAUACUAAUAGCACUAGCACUAAACAGAAGAAAGUUAUUAAUGGAGAAAGCAGUAAGAACUCAUCAACGGAUCUGGCCAAGAAGGACGAGCAAGAGAAGAAAAAGUUUGAUGUGGGUUCAACUGCAGCCGUCAUGCCCAAUCAUCAACAUGUUACUCAACAGCCUCUGGCAGAUGCCCAUCAGCAUCACCAUCAACAACAGGAGCAACAACAACAACAGCAGAUGCAGCAGCAACAGCAGCAGCCACAUCAUCAACAAAUGAUGAUCUCAACUGCAGGCUUGCCUCCUCUGCAGAUGCAAAUGGGAAUGCAGCCACAGCCAGAUGGAAUGAGCAUGGGCUACGAGUCGCACCAGCAACAGGGUAUGCCACAGGGCAUGCCCCAACAGCCGUACUUGAGUGGCAUGCCUCAGAGCCGACCCGAAGCAAAGAAGUGGAUCGUGAGCAGUACGGCCAGUCAGCCGACCAUGGUUGUUCAGCAAGGAAUCACUCCCUACUCCUCUCUGCCUCACUGCACUGCCAUGCAAGGCCACAGCUAUCCAAACAUGCUACCAGUAAAGUCAGAGCAGCAGCCGCAGCAGCAGAGUGGCAUUUACUCGCAGCAAGGCAUUGCCAUGAUGCAGCAGCAGCAGCAAUAUGCUCCACGACCGGGCCCUCCUCCCACCUCCACCACUGCCACUCCAUUCAGCAAGACACAGUCACCCUACAAUACGCCCACCAAGCCAGCUGGCUAUUGAGAUCUCCUCAACUGUACGUAUGCUAACAAAAAACUCAUUUACGGCUCUGUGUUUUCAGAUUUUGCAAUACUUCAUUUUUUUAUAUCUUCCAAUUUUAUUACUGUUGACUCUCAAAACUGUAUUCAUGAACUUAGUCGAAAGUAUAAUUCAUUUGCACAUGCGUUACUAAAUAUCUAUUGAAUCAGUCGUUGAAAAUUUUCCUGGUGGUGUCUUUUGUAUCAUGUUGAAGUAGCCUGUGUGUGUAGAUAGGGUUAAAUGGUAUUUUUUCAUUUGAUGUAUGUUUUUUUUAUUCAUUGACAAUUCCUUCACUCUGAUAAUAGUCUCUGGGAAGCGUUUAAAAACAAAUAGCUUUACUUUUGAGAACAAAUAGUGAUUUGUGUUUUUUCUGGCGUAAAUUUUAGUGAAAAAAAAAUAUUUUAAAUUUUCUAAAUACCCAAUCGAAUAUUUAAUUUUAAUUCCUCAAAGAUCUCAAUUCAAAAUUCCUAUUUGAUUUUUUGGACUUGAAAUUGAGCUAAAGUUUAUGGGAUUGAAAUCUAUAAAUCUAAUUUUGAACAUGCUAUUCUUGAUAAUCCAAGAGAGAAACAGGUUUGGCUUGAGCCUUUUGUUCUCUCCUGGUAAUUUUAUGAUCGUAUCUGUGCAAAUAAAUUCGAUUUUUGUGGAGCAAAACUAAGUCUUACUUUUGAGCAAGUAAAGUUCUUAAAUACUACCCUCAGUCUUGAUUAACGAUUUUAUUCGAUUCUGCUUUAUGUAUCGUCAAUUAGGAAGACUGUCUAUUUGUAUUUUCCAGUCAUGAUCAGUGUAGAGCUUGUUAUGUCUAAUUAAAAAUCGAUCUCCAAAGAUUAUGCUCUUCAAGUAAGCAAAAUUUACUUAUAGCUAUUUUCAAAACUAUCUGUAACGCCAAAUUCCAGUUAACUUCAAAUUUUAACGGUUGGUUUACUAAUUGCAAAUGUAAUUGAUGAUGAUUCUUAGAGUACCUUAGUCUAUAUCUGUUUCUGUAUUCCCUUCAUAAACAGAUGGAUUUCGAGAUUGAUGGUUAUUUUGGUGUAAAAUGCAGUGCUUCCUGCUUUUCAAAAAUACAGGGCUCUGAUUCGUAUGUGUUGAGGGUUCUUCAUUUGCCACCGCUUUGUAAAAUACCCUGACCGUAAGAAACUUUUAAAAUUUAAUACUUCUUUCGUAUUUUCCUUCUUUUUUACCAUCAAGGCGAUGGCCUUCAUAUAUCUGUUUAUACGACGGAAACCAUACCCAUCAACAGUUUCAACAAUAUUUUCGGGAAUGGUCAUUCAUGUGUCAUUUAUUUAGUUUUUCUGAUAUUCUAUUGUUUUAUUUGAAUAUUGUGGUCUCGUUUCUUGACAUGCUAUCUGUCAUACAAGAUAACAAAAGAAAACAUAUCUUGAACGUAUAAUAAUAAUACGAUUCUACCCGGCAUAAUUUUUAUUGCUUUUGUGAUUUAUACUAUUUUAGGUUGCUUUUACCUUCUAUAGUUUUUUUUUAUUCUAUCUUUAAUUGCAAGUCUGUGAGGCUCCAUGGUGGGGAUAAUAACAUAUUUUCUAGUAUUGUACAUAAUGAAUGUAAUAUAAUGAAUCAAAUUACUGACAAUUUUUUCUGUGAAAGAUUAGUCUAACAAAUUACAUUUUAAUUCCAUUCCAAUUUGCCUGAUAUUCUUUUAUAUUUUCUCCAAUUAUUUUAUUUAUAUUCAACCUCUGUUUUAUCUUUAAAAUGAAAACUAUCUACACGUAUUUAUUAGAAUAUAAUUAAUUGUAUUAUGGAUAUAUCUAUUUUUGUUAUUAUAAUUUAUCUCCAUAUUAUUUUAUCAAUUAAAGAUUUAUUUAUAUAUUGAUAAAA